AUGCCAUCAUUACCACCAAAACACUAUGCUGUACUGGGCGGAGGCAUAUCAGGCUUAACAACAGCAUGGUAUCUGAUGCGAGGCGCACCGCCCGAAACGAAAAUCACGUUAAUUGAAGCGGCAAAUAAGCUUGGUGGGUGGAUACAGACUACAAGAGUUGGCGAAGAGCAAGUGUUGUUUGAACAAGGACCACGAACUCUUCGACCUUCGGGACUGAGUGGAUUGGCUACUUUGGAUAUGAUCAUUCAACUAAAAUUGACAUCAUCAUUCCUUGGGAUCUCCUCUUCACACUCUGCCUCCAAAAAACGUUACAUCUACUACCCAGACAAACUCAAUGAACUUCCUUCUUCGUUUUUCGGCGCACUGACCUCUUUAUUCACACUUCCAGUAUUAAAAGGCAUAAUACCCGGUCUAUUACGUGAGCCAUUUGUACCCAAGAGAAAACUUCACGACAACGAUAAGGAUUUUGAUGAUGAAAGUAUUCAUAGCUUCGUGUCGCGAAGAAUCAAUUCCCAUAUAGCUGAUAACAUGAUCAGCGCGUUAAUACACGGAAUUUACGCUGGUGACGUGACAAAACUCUCGGUUCGAUCCACGUUUCCACUGUUGUAUUAUUCUGAACGGAAAUACGGAUCGUUGUUGAAAGCGAUGUUGGUAAAAAGUAAUAAAAAAAACAAUGAUAACAUCAUUCCAAUCUCACAUCAGGAUCAAAUAUUGCAAAGAACAUUGGUUGAGCAAAAUAAAGAGUUACUGAAAAGUGUUCAAGGGAUAAGUAUGUAUUCGUUUAGGGAUGGUGUCGAAGAACUUGUGAGUGCGAUUGAGAGUGAAUUGGCUGCGUCGGAAAAAGUUGAGAUAAUUAGAGGGCAGGCUGUUAAGAACUUAUCUUUUGAGGAUGAGAUACAAACAAUUCAAGGAAAAAGAAUCGACGGAAUAGAUCAUGUAAUAAGCACAAUCCCUUCAUUUGAGCUAAAGAAAAUACUUUACCACUCAAAAUCACCAUCAUUACCACAUCUGGAUUAUAACCCCGCGGUAACAGUAGCAGUAGUAAAUCUAGCAUAUGACAGACCAAAAAUACUUCCAGUCAUUGGAUUUGGAUACUUGAUCCCACAAACGACACCGAACAACCUAAAUUACGGGUUAGGUGUCGUGUUCGAUUCGUGUGCAAUUCCUGAACAAGAUCCUAAAGCGCCAACAGUUACAAAACUAACAGUCAUGAUGGGCGGGCAUUAUUAUGACGAUAAUAACAUUGACAUGGAAAAUAUGUCGGACGAAGAAAUAUUAUCUCAAGCACAAAACCUCGUGCAAAGUCAUUUAGAUAUCACGGCUGCGCCAAUUCAUGCGUUAGUUCGUCUUCAGAAAAAUUGUAUCCCACAAUAUUAUGUGGGACAUUAUGGUCGAAUGAAGCAAUUACACGAAGCGAUUAAAUCAAAUGAGCGGUAUGCUGGAAAAUUGAGUGUUACCGGUGCGAGUUAUUGGGGCGUGAGUGUUAAUGAUUGCGUGUUGAACGCGAGAAAGUUAGUUGAGAAUUUAUUAAGUAAUGAUUUUAAGGAUAAGGAAACGAUGGGCGGAACAAGGAAGAUUAUUACGGGAUUGGAAAGGGUGGAAGAAGAGGAAAAUAUUUCAUUUUGA